UUGGAGGGAAAACAAAACGUUUGUCGACGCCGACUACAUGUUCGCAGCUGCCCUUGUGUUAUUUUGGUUGUAACAAGUGGAAAACAUGGUGCAAACGUGUUGUGUUAUCAACUGCCACAAUCGUUCACGCGAUCGCUUCGGGAAUAAAAAGGAUGGGGGGAGAUUUUUCUCAUUUCCGACGUGGAAGCAAAGCCAAGGAGCUGUGAUCUGUGAGCUAACAAAGAGACGCCGAAUGGCCUGGAUAGCAGCCGUGAGACGACCAAACAUCACUUUCAACGCCAUCACCCGACACAUGUUGGUGUGUUCACGGCAUUUUCACACUGGGAGACCUGCUAAUGAAAUGGAUGAAAGCCAUCCAGACUGGGCACCCUCAUUACAUCUCGGACACACGGAGGUGAAAGCUGCAGAUAACGAGAGACUACAGAUAACAUUGCACGAGGAGGAACUUUCUCCAACAAGAGAGGAGAACGAGCGACUACGACAACAACUGGAAGAUGUUUGCAAGACUCAAGUUGUGCUGCACGUUGAAGACACCCAGCAGCUGAGUGGUUGUCAAGAAGAACGUUCCCCUCAGCAGCUGGGGGGGAGCACCACUUUGGAGCAGGAGGAGCCACAGCCUAUUAAAGAGGAAGAGGAGGAGCCACAGCCCUCUGACAUUAUAGAGGAAGAAGAAGAGCCAGAGCCCACACACAUUAAAAAGGAAGAGGAGGAGUCAAAGCCCCCCUAUGUUAAAGAGGAAGAACUCUCGAUCACUCAGGAGGGAGAGUGUCUUCUAGGGCCAGAGGAGACUGAUCUCGCCAGGUUGCCACUGACUGGUGUCUCUGUGAAGACCGAAGACGAUGAAGACAAACCACCUGAGUCCUCACAGCUUCAUCAUAGUCCAAGUGAGGAGAAGAGAGAACCUUCAAGCAGCAGCUCAACACAACACAUGACAACAGAAGCUGAUGGAGACCACUGUGGAGGAUCACAAGCAGACAACCUCUUAGCUCCACUGUCAGAUAGUGACGACAUAACGUCUCACUCUCCUGAAGAUGAAGACAACCAAGCAUCUUUGAGCAGCGAUACAGACUGUGAAGGUGAUAGGACGACUAACACUGACAACAAACACUCUGAAGGUUCUAAAAAGAAGACAGGUAAAAGACGUUUUAACUGCUCAGUUUGUGAUAAAAGAUUUUCUGUUAAAGGUUCUUUGACUCGACACAUGAGAACACACACGGGAGAAAAAUGUUUUACUUGCUCACACUGUGGUAAAGGCUUCACCCAAAACAUACACAUGUGUAGACACAUGAGAGUACACACAGGAGAAAGACCUUUUAGUUGCUCAGACUGUGGUAAAGGCUUUGCUGAAAAGGCAAGUAUGGUGUCACACAUGAGAACGCACACAGGAGAAAAACCUUUUAGUUGCUCAGACUGUGGUAAACGCUUCACGGAUAAGAAAGGCAGACAACUACACAUGAGAAUACAUACAGGAGAAAGACCUUUCAGUUGCUCAGACUGCGGUAAAAGCUUCACUCGAAAGAUACACAUGCAAUUACAUAUGAAAACGCAUACAGGAGAAAAACCUUUCAGUUGCUCAGACUGUGGCAAAAGUUUCAUUCAAAAAUCAGACAUGCAAUUACAUAUGAGAACACACACAGGUGAAAAACCUUUCAGUUGCUCAUACUGUGGUAAAGGCUUCACUGAUAAGAAAGGCAUGCAACGACACAUAAGAAGACAUACAGGAGAAAAACCUUUCAGUUGCUCGGCCUGUGGCAAAAGCUUCAUUCAAAAGUCAGACAUGCAAUUACACAUGAGAACGCACACGGGAGAAAAACCUUUUAGUUGUUCAGACUGUGGCAAAAGCUUCAUUAAAAAGUCAAAAAUGCAAUUACAUAUGAGAACACACACAGGAGAAAAACCUCACAGUUGCUCAUACUGUGGCAAACACUUCACUGGUAAGAAAGGCAUGCAACAACACAUGAGGACACACACAGGAGAAAGACCUUUCAGUUGCUCGGCCUGUGGCAAAGGCUUCAUUGAAAAGUCAAAAAUGCAAGUACAUAUGAGAACACACACAGGAGAAAAACCUUUCAGUUGCACAUACUGUGGUAAACACUUCACUCAUAAGAAUGGCAUGCAACGACACAUGAGAACGCAUACAGGAGAAAGACCUUUCAGUUGCUCAGACUGUGGCAAAAGUUUCACGAGAGCAGGAAAUGCAAAGACACAUCAGAACACCUGCAGGAGAAAAACAUUGUAGUUGCUUAGACUGUGAUAAAAGCUUCACUUCACUACCAAAGUAAAUGAGGUAAAUGAGAACGCACAAGGGAAAAAAUGUAGUUGCUCAAAUUGUGUCAACACAUUUCCUCGGAAGUCCUCGCUGAACAGAAACAUGCAGAGACACUGAUGGUCUACUGAAGUUAAAGGUGUUUUAUUUGACUGCAUGCCGUAAUUGCUCAAUGCUGUGACUGAUGAAGCCGCUUCCUGUUUGGUUAUGUCCACAAUUGGUCUGGAAAGUAGUGAUUCGAUUCCUUUUACUGUUAGAGCAGAGGUGUCCAAACUUUUUCCCCAGAAGGCCGCCGCAUACAAAAAAAUCUAAGGAUGCGAGGGGCCACUUUAUACAUCAAAAUUGUAUAAACAGGCAAAAAAAACUGUUUACAUGUUUUGGAAGGAAAAUGCACUUUGUUUGGAAUUUGGGGGGUGUUGCCACCCCCUCCCAUACCUUACCACUUUCAGGAGUAACUGAAAAACCCGCUUGUUCCGCACUGCUUUUAACAGAUAACUCCUUAAAACGUACAUCACAUUGCAGUCUCUUAAUCUGGUCUUUUGUAUGUCCAUUUAACUGCUCUGCUUUUUGGCUUUCACUUUCCACUGUUAUUUUGCCGUUUUGCACACUUGUGUUUGUUUGCUUUUCCCAUGUAAAUGUAUUAUUGCUGUUCUUAUUUUGUCCAUCAUCCACGAUUCUUAUGUGAGACAUGAACACAUAUGUCUUUCUCUUAUAUAAUAGAUAAAAAGAGACGGCUCGAGCUAAUGUGCAGCUUUUACUGCACAUUAUGGGAUCCUGCCUACAAAGGCCGCUAUUAAAACACUUCCAACAA